CCCAAGUAAAUUAUCUGUUGUGCUGUUAAGAAAUUCAGAGUUCGUGUCAAUGGCCACCACCGGGUUUCCACCGCAGCCUGAGCAAGACGGCCAGCCUGGCAAAGAAUACAUCAUGCACCCACUUCCACAAUCCUUGAACCCCGACUACAAGCCCUCUAACAAGCUCCUUGGAAAGAUAGCUCUAGUGACUGGAGGCGACUCUGGUAUUGGAAGAGCUGUAUCCUAUUAUUUUACUUUAGAGGGUGCAACUGUGGCCUUUACGUAUGUGAAAGGCCAAGAGGAUGAGGACAAGGAUCAAACGCUAAAAAUGAUAUGCAAAUUAAAAGUGGAAGGAGCAAAAGACCCUAUUGCCAUACCAACUGAUCUUAGUUAUGAAGAAAACUGCAAAAGGGUUGUAGAUGAGGUAAUCGAUGUAUAUGGGCAGAUUGAUAUUCUUGUGAAUAAUGCAGCUCAACAAUAUUACACUACCAACAUUGAAGAUGUCGAUGAAAAUAGACUUGAGAGGUUGUUUAGAAUCAACGUAUUUAGUUACUUUUUCUUGUCCAGGUAUGCUUUAAAGUAUAUGAAGCGAGGAAGCUGUAUCAUCAACACCGCAUCUCUCGUUGCCUAUGCUGGCAAUUCAGUGUUGCUGGAUUAUAGCUCCACUAAAGGAGCCAUUGUAGCUUUCACUAGGAGUCUAUCCCUGCAACUUAUAGAAAAGGGAAUUCGUGUCAAUGCUGUGGCACCAGGUCCUGUAUGGACACCAUUGGAAGCAGUUUCUCUACCUCCUCAUGAGCUUGCAAUUUUCGGAAGUCAGGUACCAAUGAAUAGGGCAGCAGAACCUUAUGAGAUUGCACCUGCUUUUGUAUUUUUAGCUUGCAAUGUAUGCGCCUCCUACAUUACUGGCCAAGUUGUGCAUCCUAAUGGUGGUACUAUUGUAAAUGCUUGAUUUUAAUAUCAAGUUCCUUUCGUCAAUAAUAAAAAUAAUCUGGUGUGAACAGAAUUGAAAUAAAUAUAUAUAUUAUUUGAGAUGAUAGUAUAUGUUUUGAUAAAUAAAAAAUAAUAUGAAGAUGGUGUCAUAUUUAUUUUUA